UAUUUCGAAACGUGCCGGCGGAACUACAUGCGCGUGAGCAAGAAAACAAACCUACAAUGAAUCCGCUUACCAAAGUGAAGCUCAUCAAUGAACUGAAUGAAAAAGAAGCUCAUCUCGGCAUUAAGGACUCGGUGUCGUGGCAUGCAGAGUACAAGGACAGCGCCUGGAUCUUCAUCGGUGGAUUUCCGUACGAGCUGACCGAAGGAGACAUCAUCUGUGUGUUCUCGCAGUACGGAGAGAUCGCCAACAUCAACUUGGUGCGGGAUAAGAAGACGGGGAAGUCGAAGGGGUUUUGUUUCCUGUGCUACGAGGACCAAAGGAGCACAGUUCUGGCGGUGGAUAACUUUAACGGCAUCAAGAUCAAAGGCCGGACGUUACGCGUGGACCACGUAUCUAAUUACCGUCCGCCCAAAGAUUCAGAGGACAUCGACGACGUCACCAAACGGCUCAGGGAGGAAGGCUGCGCCCCCAAAACGCGUUUCUCGUCCGGGUCGGAAUCGGAGGACGAGGGUCUUUCGCCGGUAAAGAAAGCGAAAAAGGAUAAAAAAGAAAAGAAAAAAAAGAAGAAGAGGGAGAAAAAAGAAAAGAAGAAGGAAGCGAGAGAGGAAAGGCGAGCGGCGCAGACGGACCGUCUCUCUCCUUCGACUCCUGCUGCGAGGGUGAAGAAGGAGAAAGAGGACACGGGUUACGAGAAGUACGGCCUGAAGGGGGCGCAGGAGUCCGGAGGCCAAGAGGCGAGGAACUCGCGGGAAAGACAGGAGGAUCAGCAGCAGCACGGAAAUCCCAGGAGAGGAGAGAGAGAACGAGAGAGGGACAAAGAGGACGAGAGGAGGACGGGGAAGAGCAGAGACGAGGCGAGAGGGAGAGAAGCGCAGCGUCCACGUGAGGAGAGGGAACGGGAGAGAGACAGGGGAAGAGAAUGCGACAGAGAAAGGGUCCGAGACAGGGUUAAGGACAGAUAUAGAGAGAGAGAUGGCGAGAACGAACGACACCAUAGAGACGGAGAAAUAGAAAAACGGAGAGACCGAGACUCUGACAGACGCAACUGAAACAAACGUUGUAUUUUUGUUAUCCGCUAGAUUCUCCUGUUUAGUGUUCUGACGUCGUAAUACAUGUUUGUUUGUGUCCAAUAUUGUAAAUAAAAGAUUUUUAAAAUUU